AUGUAUUGUGCUCGGACUAUUAAUUCAGCAUUAUUUUCCCCUUUAUCCAGAUUACCUUACUCACAACGCGAGAUCAUUCCUCUUGACAAGUGGGAAAUUCUGCCUGAGCAAAUAGAAUACGACGAAGAGCUGGGGAGAGGAGCGUUUGGCGUGGUUUACAAAGCAAAAUUUAGGAAGAGAGUUGGGUUGGAGGUGUUUGACACUGACAUUUCAAAACGGCCUUUGUUAUCCACAGAAAAGGCACCUCAGGUAGUUGCUGUCAAAGUCUUACAUGGUAAGAAUUGGUAAUAAAAGACAGACAAAGCCAUGGAGUCUUAAAUUUUGUGGUUGCCUUUAGUCCUCUUCACAUAACAAGAAAAGCUGAGGGAUUUAAGUAAACUAAUAAUAUACACGAAAAAAUUACUCAAUUCUGAUUGGCUGAGAAAGGAGUGGAGCUCUUCUGUAACACGAGUGCAAAAUGUGUAAACACGAGUGCAAACUUGUAACACGAGUGCAAAUUACAAUUUCUUUCUGAUUGGCUGAAAACACAAAAGAAACCAACAAGAACCAAUCAGAUUAGAGUUGUUUUAACAACAAAAAUUCAAGAAAAUGGCCAUGGUUUUCAGCAGACGACGACGGGAUUUAAUUUUGUAAGCAAAACAACAAUAGAAAAAUUAAAAAAAUAUUCCAAAAACCCCGAACACAGUAAAAAGUACGUCUUUCUGGCUAAAUGUAUUGAAAAUGCGUUGCUAAGAGAAAAAUGCUGUCAAAAAAAUCGAGGAAAAUGAGCCAGAGAAACUAAAAAACAAGCUACUUAUAACAGACUACGCUAAAGUAAAAAAAAUAAAGAACAAAAACGGUUGCAACCACACGAAAACCAUGACAGCGACACUCUUCAGGCAUUUAAAUGAACAAGGAUACAAUUCCAUGAUAACAACAGGGAUUUCAAGUCAUGUACGUUAUUUGUUGCUCUCUUUGAGUCUUUUGUGGAGCGAAGACCUCUAUUAAAACAUCCAUGCGAUGGUCAGUUUUUUUUUCUACCUCAGUAGCAAACGAAACCGAAAAUUUAAACAUUUGGUCCAAACUAAAAACAUGGGCGAAAAUACCACAACUGUACUCACAUAAUGAAAGUAUCCGCAGCUGGUACUAGCCUUUAAGAAAGUAAGAAAAACGUUUACGAAUCGUUGUGCAAGAAAAACAACAGUCAGGAAGCUGAAGAAAGCAAAGAUUGUAAAUUCAGAACAUAUUGAUCGUCAGUGUCACAGGCCACAGAGGUAUAAAUUUCCUUAACGACUACGAUGAAGCCGUCGACGAAGAGCUACGAUGACUCUUGCAGUAGGCCAAAUAAGAUAAUUAAAACUCCAGCGCUGAGAAAAAGCAAAUAUUAUAUUGAUACUGGCUGUUUCCGACAUCCCAACAUUUGUGCCUCCACUCACCCAUCGAUGGCAGCGUUGAAGGAAAACAAAUUGCCUCAUUCAUUUGCGGGUUUUAAAUCUCAAAAAUUUGUCCAUGAAUCCAGCUGUGAUGGGGUCUCAUGAUCAGGAACAGACAAUGAUAAACAGUCGUUAAAAAACCUUAGCAAGUGUCUUUCAUCUUUGGCUGCUCGAUGCGUUCUCCUGAUUUCAAAACGGCAGUAUACUUCUUGAAAACGCUUCUUGUAAACGCAGAGCUCCCAUAAAGGAUGAAUUUAAAAACAGUUGCUUUUGUUGAUUGUUAUAAACCAAGUUAUCUUUAACAGGCUGGCGACCAUAUAAAAAAACCCUUGCACGUUUCCAAGUUCUUAGCUGAAUGAUUUUGAAAGCGUUGGUCUUGAAAAAGUUUGAAUUUGACAAAGGUAGUAGUCUGUUUCAGCCAAUCAGUUAAAUGAACUAAAACGCGUGCGCUGUCAAAAUUUGUUGUUGUAGUUAUGUUUUUCGUGUAUCUUAUUAAUAAGUAAUCACAUGAUUUUUCUCGUGCCAUUUGGAAUAAAUAAGCACUUGUAAAUUUUUCAAAGACCACAAACUGCACUCGCCCUACGGGCUCAUGCACUUUUGUUGGUCUUUGAAAAAUUUACUCGUGCUUAUUUAUUCCAAAUUGCACUCGAAAUCAUGUGAUUACCUAUACUAAUUGCACCACAUAAAGGCACUGAACUAUUUAGAUCGAAAUUGUCCGAGAAUUGACACUGUAUUAUAUUGUAUCAAGAGAGAGCUUUAUCCUCUCUUGAUUGUAUAGAUCAACGGUAACGUUGUUAAAAUAUCCGAAAAUGAUUGGAAAGGCAGGAGUUAUUUUGGCUUCAUAAUACAUGUAGUGCACGUCGCAAGAAUUUUAAAAACUGGAUCAAGGUAACCAUUUUUAUGUUUGAAAUUUUCGAAGUCAAGAACACAAUUAUCACUAGAAUAGGUUUAAGCUAGUUAGCUCUUAACACAUGCAAAGUUUUAUAAAUUAUUACACACAAACUAGAAAUUGACCAAUGGAUACAACUGAAGCACAACACUGAAAUAUGUUUGGUUUUAAAUAAUGCAAGCUCUAAUCAAUAGAUUCCCCCCCUCCCUCCUUCUUUGGUAAUCCAAAUUCCUCGGUUUACACAGCAAGUCUUUUGAGGCAAGGACAAUGAGGAUGAAGGGAGAUAAAACAAUGAAAUUGAGCUACGACUUCAACGUGAUGGUUGCUAGACCCAAACCCAGGGAGUGCUUUCUUAGAGCCAUAGGGGGUGUGAGCGGGACCAAAGGGUAUCAAUGGUUUUUGACCCCUUUUUGGUCUGAAAUUGGGUAAAGAUUUCCACGAUUCGGGUCAAAGAAAAAAAAACCUGAAAUAGGAUAAGGUUUUGUUCUCCAUGGUACAAAGCCUGUUUUCAUUUUAUUUUAUUCUACUAUUCAUUUUUUACUUACUCGUCUUUUUCAUUCAUCAUUUAAGAACAGCGGCAGGUCUGAAAUAGGGUAAGGGAAAUCACGUGGUCACAUCUCACCCAUACCAACGCCCAAAUUUUCCAGGGGUCAGGUACCUCUCCGGGCUGCUGCGAGAAUGCAGUGGUAAACUAAAUAGUAUAAUACGAAAUGCCUGAAUAUUUCUCGACAUUCUGUAAACGGUGGAAUAGAUCUAAACUUUGUGCCUCAAAGCAAGCGUGGGGUGCGAUAAAAAUCGGACGAAGUAUAUGACUUCGCAAAUGAAAAAUCUAGCACUUAAUAAUGCUGUCACUGCAAGAUAAAAAAGACUAUAUCGUAUAUGCAAUUGCCUUUAGAUGAUCCAUCUAAAACACAGAAAGAAGAGUUCACGUUUGAGAUUGAGCAGAUGAAACUGUUGGGUUCACAUAAGAACGUUGUAUCCAUGGUUGGAUGCUGCACGAUUCAGGAGAAAAUGUUCCUGGUCAUAGAAUACGUUCCUUGUGGUGACCUACUGACGUGGUUACGCCGCAGAAGAAAAAGGGUAAGGAGAUGAACGAAAUUCAACAUUUAUUUUAAAACUGAAUUAUUGUGAAACAAGUACAGGGAGACAAAAUUCCGAAUCUGUUUUCGUACUAUUGGAAAUUGUUAUACGACUUAUCAUUAGUACUUGAUGGAUUAAUCUAGAUCAUCGAAAUUCAAGCCUCCGAGAGAUCAUAUGCUGACAAAAAGGCUCUGAGAGAUCAUGGAGUAACCAGUGAUCAAGUAAGCUUGUUCUUAAAUUGUAUCUAACUUUUCAUACUAGCUCUGUUGUAAAACGUUUUGCUAUUCUUCAUUCUGCUUUUUGGUUUUAUGACCUAUCUAGCCUACUCAUCUGAUUAUUGCUCCAUGGUUUGCACGUGGCGUAAUCAAAAUUCAAAAAAAAGAAUUAUUUAGCCUAAUCUGAGUUUUAAUUUACUGAGCUAUUAGAGCAGCUGAAGACGUAAAAUUUUUGCAGUGUUUCCGGUCGAAAUGGUUCUUCGUUUUGUGAUAGAACAAGUUUGAAUUUCUUUACUAUUUCAUGAGGCGGCGUUAAUGGCCGCUGUCCUGAAAGCUUUUACCUAGGUUAAAAGACGACAAAGACUGACUUAUUAUUUGGAGACUUUGCUCUAGCGAACAUAGAAUUUUUUCCUUGUAUUUGAGUAAGUAUUAAUUUUACUUGUACGGGCUCUCUAGAGAUGUCUACUCGCUUCGUGGCAAACUCAAUGACAGAUGUUUCCAGGAUGUUUCUGUUAUUUUCCGGCCGCUAUAUAUUUGUGUUCCUUAUGCAGAGGGACGCCAACAUGAUAUCGCCAUACAAUUGCAGAGCUCUAUACACUGAUAUGGGUAACACAGUUAAUCAGAAUAUCUGUCACGCAAAAAGCCUCUCAGACAUGAACCUUGGCAAGAAUGUUUGCAGAUUGAUCUCCUUUCAUCUCUUAUGAAUUGAAUGGUUUUGGCUCUAUUUUUUGAUGGCGUGUCUGUGAAAGAUUCAUUUUCCUGCUUCCCUUCAUACAGGUUAGCAAAGUGGCUGAGGAACAGAUUAAGCAAGCGGAGAAAACACAAUUGCAAGUGAGCAUGGAAAAGACUCCACUAUUACAGGAUGACAGUGAGGACACAGCGUCGACUUCUUAUUAUCUCGGCAACGAAGUGAGAAACUAAUCAGCCAGUUAGGGGCUAAAAUAUUUUAAUUCUAGUUUAUUUGCGCUUGUAAGAAUUGUCUCCAAUAAUUUCACUUUUCGGGAACAGAGCAUCACCACUUUUUGAAGAAAGUCAACUACAAAAACCUUUUGAAAAAUGAGAGAGACGUUUGGGGGUCAAGUAGGCUUAUCACAAAACAAAAAUUUGAGCUAUUGUCAAUGCUUCUUUUAGUUUAUUUGUUGAAUUUAAUCAAGCUAUAGGUAGGGGAUUUUUUAUCUUUAGUCUUCAAUACAUCGAAAGUCCAGAUUCUCGUUAUAUAGAGUAACUGGCGAAUGCAUAUUUGAGGCAUGCUUAAACGCAGUACAAGAUUCCACAACAUUUUGCUACCUUAACGGUUGUCUUAAAAACUGACAAUAAUUAAACAAUUAACAAUUAUAUCGAUUAGAAAGACGGAUGAAUCACAUACUUAAAAAUGCACUUAAUUUUUUUUUUCGUAAAAAUAUCUUGAACUACCUCUCUAUGAUGAAACUCCAGCAUUGAGUGACAGAGAGAAGGGCCAGAAGUGUAUUAAAAUCUUUUUAAAAUUUAAUUUAAUUUAACCACGCAGGAAAGCAAACAAUCGCAUGAAAUAGUAGAACUGACUCCAUUAUCAGAAGAAAGCAAUGAUGAGGUCCGACAGGAGCUGGCAUCGACUUUUCAAGGCCAUCUUGUAAGAAGGAAAUACUUGAAUAUUUCAUUUCAUUUUUCUUAAAUUUAAUUAUACUGAGCGUGGAUAAGGCAUACAGACAAUGAGGAAAUUUGCUGAGAAAUAAGUUACAAUUUUCCGCGAAAGAAAAAGUCAACAUCUUUAUUGACCGUGCUCCGAAAUAAGCCAACGAGAAAAACUCUAGAAAUCGCAUGCUGAUCUAGAGCCAUUGUUUACGUCCACAAGAGAUAGACUAAGAUCAAAUUAAAGCCAGGACUCGAGCAAGGACUCCUAACCCUAACCCUAACCCUAACCUUAACACUAACAGCGAGCUCACUUUCCAUGAUUGCCACGAAUUAACUUUGCCGGGCUUCCCAGGCAGCUGUUGUAUUCCCAGUUACGCGAUGGAAAGAGAAAUCAAGGACGAGCUAGGCUAAGAUUCAACGCGUGACAUCGUGAAAAGAAAGCUGAAGCGGAAGAACAUUUUAGUAGAUUCUUGUAGGCAGCGAGCAAAGGACAGAACGACCUGGAGGAACCUGAUUAAACCUUGAACUCUUCAUGAAACAGACAUUGUCGCUUAGACAGCAGACUGCUUAACUAACUAACAAUGGUCAUGUGACUUGCAGGAGGUGAAAAUGGCGGGAAAGCGAAAAAUUGUCGAGUCUUGCGUCGAUUCCUGGCUCGGUAAAUUGGCAUCCUCCUUCCACAAUACCGUCUGACAAAGAAUUUCUAAUGUAUGUUUACAGUGCGACUACUGUAACCCGAGCCACUUAGACAAAGUUGACCAAUUGGAUUACAGGAAAAUAACAAUACAUUCCAAGAAAGUUGGUUGUGGGCCAAUGAACAGGUCGUAAGUAAACAAUAAGUUACUCGAAGCACUAAAUUAAAUUACUGAUAGCAAACGUUUAUGAAAGCAAAAAUGUUUCACCAGACCAGCAAUGUCUUUCUAUCCGAAACUUUUCAUUUAACAACCAGGAGACGUAUUUGUUUGACAUAAGUUGUUAUUUUGUCAUCUACCAGCAAUUUCUUCGCUAAAUUUUGCGGCCGCGCUUUGCAAUAAAAUACAAUACAUCUAACGUUUACAUUUUUCGCCCCCCUCAACACUCUAACGGACCUCCCAGUUAGGGUUCAAAAGGUCACGUCUCAAGUUUGUAACUGGUUGAUUUCAAUCCAUGUUGUUGAUUUCGUUUCGUGGUAAUUAUGAUUGACAACUAACUUUCUUGGAAUGUGUUGUUAUUUUCCUGCCAUUCAAUCGGUCAACUUUGACUAGGUAACCCCUGUUAUAGUAGUAGUCGCCCUGUGAAAUGUUAGUAUUACUAAUGAGAUGAAAGGUUUCAAAAGAACAAUCUCUCCGGGUCACUCCUAUACCAGAAUACAAUCAAUCGAAGCACUCAAACGUGCAUUCGAUAAAUCUUGGCAGGUCUGGCAAAUGAAUCCACAGGUAUAUUUUGUGAUCUAAUUUAAAUUAAAUAUUACUUUUGAGCAAUUUUCAAAAACUGGUGAGCAUUUUCCGCAAGGUGGCACAGUCCCAUUUUGGUGAGAGCAUGGGUACUAACUUUCAGGCACGACAGAAAUGGCUGCCUUUAGGGGUGUUUCUUAGUGUUGCGAAGACUUUUGUUGGUUAGCUUUUGUUGAUUAGCUAGUGGGUGUUGCUCAGUGGCUUUUCAUUCUUUUGUACUACGUCAUUUGGUGAUUGCACCUUGUAGAAGGCCCAAAUGUAAUAAACAACCCUAAAUGUAAUAAAGUCCUAAAUGUAAUAACAAUUUGCCCUAAAUGUAAUAAACUCUUAAGUUGCAAAUUGCAGUAAUUACUCGAAUAAGCGCCGCCCUCAAAUAAGCGCGGCGUUUGGAGGAGGAGUUAAUUAGCACCGCGGCCCUUAUUCGUGUAAAUACGGUACUAAGCGGUAUUAAUAUGGUAUUAAGCACCGCGCUCAAAUAAGUGCCGUAUUUUUGGAGAAAAAGUUAAUAAGCGCCGCGGCACUAAUUCGCGUAAAAUUCGGUACAUUUCCUUAUGCACUGUGAAACUUAACGUUGAAAAAUAAAUUGCUUGUAAAACGACGUAAUGGUAUUUUUUAAGCAAUAGAAAACUUUUUUUCCUGUGUUUGCAGAAUUCGAGACAGUUGUGCAAACCCUCGACUUCGUCAACUCCUCUCGUGUUUAUAUCAGGCUAUGCAAACACAGGAAAAAACGUUUUCUAUUUCUUUUAUAAAAUAACUUUCCCGAGAAAAAGAAAAACUCUUUGUUUAGGUUACUGAUUAAAAGAGAAACUCUUACCAGUCGAGAAGUCUUGUACACGAGGCUUAAUGUACGUGUAAUCAGUUCUUGUUUGUCAAUAAAGAUGCAUUCCAAAAAAGGGUUUUUCUCGCUUAAAAUGUCAGCUUAAGCGAAAUAAAAAUUGGAACAGCAUGUUUGUAAAGAUUUUUUUAAGUUUCAUCCGACGAGGGAAUGGGUAAAUAAAGUAAAUUUGUCGAGUUUUCAACUAAAAAAUAUUUUAAAAUUCGUGCUUGUGUGAUUAGCGCUCGAAGAGCAAAACAUCUUGACUCCACACAUGUUUACAUACUCUCAUGCAAACACAUCUCUCGGCCAAUCAGAGCGCGCGCGUACUAUCUUAGUUAUUUAUAAAAGUUGUUAUCAGCUGUACAGUAGUCUUUAGGGCUUGUUUACAUGGAGGUAGGGGACCCCAGAUAGGUGAAAUAACAUGCGGCGGGUCACCCCACUUAUCAUGUAAAGGUGAUCAAAUUUAAAUGAGAGAUUAUGUGGACAGGAGGGUUACCCACCAAAGCGGGUCAACUCACCUACCUGGGGUCCCCCACCUCCAUGUAAACAGGCCCAUAUAGACUUUUGGUUUUUUGUUCUUAAUUUUUUAGCUGAUUAGAUCUCUUUUCUAGAGAUCCAACGUUGACAACCAAAAGGAUAUUCGUCCACGGUUUUUGCAGUAAAUUUGUUUAACAAAAAAUAAUGAAGUAUGAAAAUCCUUUUAAGGCUUACAGCUUUUAAUUUAUUUUGUCCCUUUACAAGCAAUUUAUAUGUAAACGGCAAGUUACACAGUGCAUAAGGAAAUUUUUUCUCCAAAAAUGCGGCGCUUAUCUGAGGACGGCCCUUAAAACCAUAGUAAGUGCCGCGGCGCAUAUUAAAUGUCCCCCCCCCCUGCCCCCAUUGCGGCGCUUAUUUGAGUAAUUACUGUAAUUUGCAACUUAUGAGUUUAUUACAUUUAGGACAAAAUGUUAUUACAUUUAGGGUCGUUUAUUACAUUUAGGCCUUCUACACAGCUAUCCUCAACACCAAGAAAGUGCCAUUUUUAGUUCAGUACCUUUUUUUAUAUCCCUGACAAGGCAAACGCUUUCGUCGAAAAUAAGAGCCCAUUAAUCUGCAUAUCUUUCACCUACAGGAAAGAGAGGAAAGUAAACUAUCAAAGAAGGCACAAGUGACCAUGGAAAUGGCCUCAUUACGCCAGGCUGACUUCACACAGGACAUGGCGUCGGCCAAUCACAAUUUUUCUGAAGUAAGAAGGAAAUGCCUCAGCCUUAGGCGGCCUUAUCUUACGUCUUAAAGAAGGAUGUAGUGUAAUACCUUUAUUCUUUACGUGACCUUUAUGUGAAAAUAUAUCGGGUUACAAGCGACUGUUACCUGGGAAAUGGAAUAUUGGGGUUUGCGAAUUGCGAACGUUAGAUAAAGACAAAUUUCAUCUUUUGCGCACUAAAUUCCUGUUCUAUUAAGUCUUGUUCUUGGGCCAACGGAAUUUCAUCGUUUUAUCACAUUUUCCCCAAGCUCACAAGUGAGAAUAAUACCAAUUUCAGCACUGAAGCACAUGUACUAACUCGGCGGUAUGGAGUGCUCUUGCACUCGCACUCGCCUCGGCAUGUAAAAGGGCCUUUGAUACACGGCUUUGUCAGUUCAUCGGCUCGACGGUUAUGCCAUGAUUAUGAGACCCAACAAAGCGAGACAGCUGUUUACGGCUGCCACUGCCCGGAUGAUAUUGUUAUACGCAUGCAUAGGGUACUGUUGAUACUGCGGAGCCGGUACGUUUUCUUCAGUGCUGUAAUUGGCAUGUUGUUAAGGAGUGAGAAUCGGUGUUGCGUAACCAUUCAUAAAGGUUUGUAUGGCGGUUCGAAUGAUUGCAAUUUAGGAGUCACAAAUAGUAAUAAAGAUACACAGGGGCAGCCAAUGACUGGUUUUCUGUAAAAUAUCUGUUCGGAGAAACAAAUAUUUCCCAGAAUUUUCUAUUGCUUGAGGACGGCUACAAAUUUCUAGAUGACCGUUCUAUCAUGCACACAUGUACAAUUUUCGAAACUUAUGCAAUAAAUUCCCAACGAUUUUCUGAGGCUUAAUUUUUCGCAUCUCACUCCCCAAGUAAUGCUGCUUUUCGUAGGAAAAGGAAAACUAAAAUUUCGGAUUAAAAAUUAAUGCGAUUGAGAGAGGAACCAGAAAAAUUCUCACUUUUGUAAAAGGAUAAAUUGCAUCUAAAAUUUUCGGGAAAAUAAUUCUGAAGCCCUUGUAAUUUCGAAAGCCUCGAGGGACGAACCAUGGCGGACGGACGUGAACCUUCUGGUCCCGUUUUGACGAAAGAUACCGAGUCUUACCAGCUUAACCUUAAAUGGUGCGAAUUACAAUCCCUUAAGCUAAACGGGGAACGAUUAACGUGGACGAAUAACCUUGAAUCGUUAAAGAAUUUUGUGGAAAAUGGCUUGAAACUACAAGGAAAGUGGUCGUCGCCCGGAGGAAACGUAAAGCAAUUCAAAAGUUCUAACAAUAAUCUUGUCAUCAACUGGUAUAAUAAGAAACAGCUAACCCUUUGUUUCCAAGGUCGAGAUGGUCCCUCCUUAAAGGACAAGUUGGUCAAGUUUAUUCAAAAUAAACAGGGAACAGAAGCUGAUACGCCUGUCUCGUAUGCUUCAACAACCGAGCAAGAAAUUCCGCCUUCGCAAGAAGCCAAUGGCAUCUGCAGUAAUCGACUAGCUUCGGCCGCCGACGCCGAACUUGAGAACAGUAUUCAAGAGCGAUCGAACUCGGUUAUCAGUGCUGAUAUUGAGGGCUUAAAACUGGAUUUACUAAUUCUUCAGAAAAAGGUUGAAGCAAAUACAAGCCUUCUGUCGACGAAAUGCAAAUUACAAGAAACCGCUUUUAGCGCCGAGCUCCUCGAUUACAAAGAGAGGUAUGAGAAGGUGUUAUCGACAUUAUCUAAAAAAGAUAAUGAAAUUGAGGUGUUGGAGGAAAAGUGUUUUUCCUAUGAGAGCCAAGUUUUGUCCUUGCAACAAGAAAAUGAUUCUCUUAAGCUGGCAAUGAAGAUCAUUAUGCAAGAAAGAAGCGAGGGCGAAUGCCGCCAACAAAAGAUAUGUGAUUGUUGGUCCCAAGUGGGCACACUUGGGAAAAGUGUGAAUGAUAAACAUAUCCAACGGCCGUUGGCGGCCUGCAAUAUAGUAACUCAGAACAGAUUUGAGCCCCUUAGAAGUGAGGUACAAUUCCAAGUGAGAAAUGAGGACAACUAUACUGCAAAUAACGAAGAAAGUCGCCAACAACAGCAACAGCAACAUUCACAUGUUGAUUCAUCUGAAGCGAGCCGGGCAUUUGAUUCAAUUCCAACUAGUCAUAACCGCUAUCAGGCCUUACUUGUCUCUUCUCCUUCGAGUCAAGUAUCCUCUGAGAUGCCACUGCAUCAGUCUGGAGCGCACGCAAAUACCUCUCGAGUUAGUGCAAAUAACUCCAAAAGCGGUGAAGUCGGAAAGACAAGACCCAUAGUGCUUAUUGGUGACUCAAUGAUAAAACACAUUGAUCCAAAAAAGCUUUCGCAAAGACAUGUACAUAAAUUCUCAUAUCCCGGGAAAACCACUGCUGAAAUAGCUGAAGCUGUUGACAACAUCGCUGUUGCAUCCGCGGAUCCUUCUCACGUCAUCAUCCAUACUGGCACCAACAAUCUUCCGUCGGAGUCUGCCGAUUCAUGUGUCGCCGAUAUCAAGAGCCUUGUAUUGAAGGUGAAGAGCAAGUUUCCUAACUCAAGCAUUGGUCUCUCGGGUAUAGUCUACAGAGAAGAUAUCAACGUCGAUGCUAAACGCAUUGAAGUUAAUGAGAGGGUCAAGCUCACAGCAGUAGAUAAUAACUUUACUUAUAUUGAUAAUUCGGUUAUUGACGCCUCAGCAUUAAAUGGUAGUAGACUUCAUCUGAAUGCCAAAGGUUCGUCAUUGCUGGCCGUGCAAUUUAUUAAGUUUUUAAGAUCUGGUUCUGGCAAGUAUAAUCAGUCUCUUAAGGGUUUUCAGUCCUCAGCUAUCCAACAACUGGUAAAGCUUCUGAUGGAACUGGGAAACCUUCCCUCUCCAGCUCGCAACAGGAGACGCCCACGCUAGCUUCUCAACCGAGUGACGUAUCAUCAGGUAUUCCUAAUCAAAACGUUGAUUCAUUUGAAAGUACAAUUCUCUCUGAUUUUCUUCCUUCUGGUCGUGGUUUUAAAAUUGCAGGUUUAAACAUUAAUAGUCUUACAAAGCAUAUUGAUGAACUAAGAAUUCUCCUUGCCGAUCGCUCCAUUGAUAUUCUCUCAAUUAAUGAAACUAAACUUGAUGACUCUAUCAAUAGUUGUGAGGUCCAAAUACCAGGCUAUGAAUUUAUUCGUCGUGAUAGAAACAGACAAGGAGGAGGAGUAGGUUUUUAUAUAAAAACCUCGAUUAAUUUUGGAGUUCGCUCUGAUUUGAAUGCACCCAGUCUUGAAAAUUUAUGUAUAGAGAUUCGGAAACCAAACUCCAGGCCAUUUCUGAUAGCCACUUGGUACAGACCUCCUUGCUCCUCAAUUGAUUUAUUUUUACCUUACGAAUCAUUUCUUGAGAAAUUAGAUUCCCUCGGCCUAGAAUAUUAUCUGCUAGGUGAUUUAAACUGUAACCUGGCCUCUGCACAAUAUGAUUUAAAUACUCGACGCUUAUGUGAAAUUUCUGAUUUAUUUGGGCUUCAACAGCUUAUAACUGAACCUACUCGCAUAACGGAAUCCUCUUCAACAUUAAUUGAUUUAAUUUAUACAAACUAUACUGACAGGGUAGUCUGUUCCGGAGUCUCUCAUAUUGGUAUCAGCGAUCAUAGCCUUAUUUACGUUUAUAGGAAAUUAUCUCUCACUUUUCCUUCAAAAGGGCACUCAACCAUUUCUUAUAGAAAUUUCCAAAAUUUUAAUAGAGAGAGUUUUCGGAACGAUAUCGCCCAGCAAGACUGGUCCUGUAAUGUUUCUGAAGAUCCAAAUGUUUUGUGGACUAACUGGAAAACGAAGUUUUUGGAUAUUGUUAAUAUUCAUGCGCCACUCCGAACUAGACGUACUAGAACAAAUAAAGCACCCUGGAUCAAUUCAGA